GGGCAGCUAUGAGGGCUGGUGGCGCGGGGUCCUCCCUGGCGGGGGGCCGGGGGCAGGGGCGGGGCUUGCGGGCGCGGGGAGACGGCGCUGGGGCAGGAGAUAUCAAAAUGACUUCCAUGCUGACCCGUGCGAUCCGAAGCCUCCCUUCUGCCUCACCGUGGGCUGUUGGACUCUCUGCAAGAUCACUCAGCUGCUCCCCCCAGUUACAAGCAGCAGUCCAACCCAAGAGUAAGAAAACCUUGGCCAAAAAUGGUGUGAAGAAUGUUGUUGUUGUGGAGGGCGUCCGCAUUCCAUUUUUGCAGUCUGGUACCUCGUAUGCAGAUCUGAUGCCUCACGACUUGGCCCGAGCAGCAUUGCAAGGGUUGCUGAAUCGGACCAAUGUCCCACAAGAAGUUGUUGAUUACAUAGUUUACGGAACCGUCAUCCAGGAAGUGAAGACAAGCAAUGUUGCUAGAGAGGCUGCCUUGGGAGCUGGCUUCUCUGACAAAACUCCAGCCCACACAGUCACCAUGGCUUGCAUCUCUUCUAACCAAGCUAUGACUACAGGUGUCGGUCUGAUUGCAUCUGGCCAGUGUGAUGUGGUCGUAGCUGGUGGUGUGGAAUUAAUGUCGGAUGUGCCCAUUCGUCACAGCAGGAAGAUGAGGAAGGCUAUGCUCACUCUUAACAGAGCCAAAACCUUGAGCCAGAAGCUGUCCCUGAUUUCCAGAAUUCGCCCCAGUUACUUUGCUCCUGAGCUCCCAGCUGUGGCAGAAUUCUCCACCAAUGAGACGAUGGGACAUUCAGCAGACCGGUUGGCUGCCGCUUUUGCAGUAUCCCGUGUGGAGCAAGAUGAGUAUGCCCUGCGUUCACACACGCUAGCUAAGAAGGCCCAGGACGAGGGUUUGCUGGUGGAUGUGGUACCGUUCAGUGUGCCAGGCCGAGAUACUGUUUCCAAAGAUAAUGGAGUCCGCCCUUCCUCAAUGGAGCAGAUGGGCAAACUGAAGCCUGCUUUUGUCAAGCCCUAUGGGACGGUUACGGCUGCCAACUCUUCCUUCCUGACGGACGGUGCUUCGGCGGUCCUGCUCAUGUCUGAGGAGAAGGCUCUGGCGAUGGGCUAUAAACCAAAGGCCUACCUUAGGGACUUCGUGUAUGUGUCCCAGGAUCCAAAGGACCAGCUCCUGUUGGGCCCGACGUAUGCGACUCCCAAAGUGCUGCAGAAGGCCGGCCUGACGCUGGCUGAUGUCGACGUGUUUGAGUUCCAUGAAGCUUUUGCCGGGCAGAUUUUGGCUAACCUGAAAGCUAUGGAUUCGGAUUGGUUUGCCCAGAACUACAUGGGCAGAAAGUCUAAGGUUGGAGCCCCUCCUCUGGACAAGUUCAACAACUGGGGUGGUUCCCUGUCCCUGGGACACCCGUUUGGUGCCACCGGCUGCCGGUUGGUAAUGACGGCCGCUCACCGCCUGAAGAAGGAGGGAGGGCAGUACGGGCUGGUCGCCGCCUGUGCCGCAGGAGGACAGGGCCACGCCAUGCUUGUGGAACUCUACCCCCAGUAGCGGAGCAAGGGACAGUCGAAUGGACUGGGAUGUGCCAGGCAAUGCCAUUUCAAUGCAUUAAUAAAAGCAUCUUUGUGAUCCUUCCUGGAAAGGAUUUCUGGUGGCCUUUGUAAAUAUUUUCUAGCUAAUCCCUGGCAAUGGCCUGGAACCAAGGAAGACUCUAUGGACGACCCCCCACCCCCUCCCCCCAAAAAAAAGUUUAUCGUAGCUCUUACAUCAGCGUCGGGGGUUUGUGUAGCAAACCACAGCUCAGCGAUAACGUUUUAUAGACAGGAUUUCUUAGUGGGUAAUGCAGCUUGCCAGCGUGAGGCAUGACGUUUUGCACCGGGGAGGAUUUGCCGCAUCUGUCUGUAGGCUCAGCCAUCUGUUUGGCGUGUAACUUUUAAAGAGAAGGACAUAAACGGUAUUGGUUUGUAUCAAGGAAGGCUGCUGCAGAGUGCGACAGCCUGGGGAAGUGACUAACUGCCUUAAAUACGCGUGUCUGUCACCGCUUGUCUGCCUUAAUAAACCAGAGAAGAAUUCA